AAUAUUCGUCGUUGCUUCAGUACUGCAGUCGUUACUACAUUGUAGCUCGACUACUGGUACGUAGAUGUACACCAUGGUACCAAACCACUCAGAAACUGACAGGGCUGACUAGUGGUCGACUGUUUUCCUGAUUUUUUGCACUUCGGCAUCGAUAGAGCAGGUGACUUUACUACUGCUACUGCUGCUGCGUCUGUACUACUACUACUAAUACUAGUGCCUGCAUGGCAGGCAGUGCUAGCGUCCUGAACGAAAGGAAAAAUAUAUCGGUCACGUCCUGUUUUGUAUCCGUAUACACGCGUAGUCUACCGAAGAUCGGGCAGAUACCACUGACUGUACCAGUGCUCGACUUGAUGAUGAUAGCGGAAGCAAAUCUUGACGAGUUCGGCACUUCGGCGUGACAAUCGCCGUCGACCAAACCUGUGCUAUGUCUAUGAUCAGCUGCUUGUGAAAGUCAUGAUAAACUAGCCUCCAGCAAACCGUGUACCGGUGAUACACGGGGUACGGACCGAUCGACCACGUUUGCAAGCUGGUUGUCCUAGCUACCGGUUUUCGCUAACGCACCGGGACCAUUAUCAUCGAGCUGUUGUUUGUUGUUGCCGUUGUUCUACAAAAAAAAUUCUUGCAAUUUCCUUCCUUUGCUCAGUGAAUGUGGCCGUGGUGGUGGUUGGUGUUCCACGACCCGAUACAGCCUGUGUUGUCCGACCACUAAACUAUGGAUAGGGUUGUCGGUCCGGAAAUGGCUGCUGGAGCUAGUGAAGUCUGAGGUUGCCGAAUGUUUUUUAAAAGUCUGUCAGAACUGCACGCAGCGUGGCCUAACUCGCUGUUUGUUAGAUUCCCGGAGCGGUUUCGGACUCUGAAGUCGGUGAGCGUAAAUUCCCCAGUAUCGUAGGAGCUGGAGCGUGAUCAGUGAUGGCAGAAAGCAAGACGACACUGGGCACGUUGCAAGGCGUGCAGCUACAGGACAAUCAGACAUCUGCAGCCAGUGUAGGUGCUCCACCACUAGCGGACAGUGUUCUACGAAUGACUGCAAGUGGUGGUGACUCCAGACUGAUAGGCAGUCUGAGUCCACGUGAGAAAAAAUCCCCGUCUAGGUUGCUUGAUGCAGAUGGAAAAGUAUCUACCACUGGUGCUGCUGCUGCUGCUGCUGAUCCCCAAAUACAGACUGUUGCAAUAGCAGGAGUAGUGGAACGUCUUGGUACAAUAUCAGCGGAAAUUAACGAGCUCUAUCAACGAUUAGCAAUGACGUCCGCCGAGACCACCAGAUCUGAGAAGACUGUGGAUGGCUUGGACUCGAGGAUACCUGAAGCACCAUCCAACACAACAAAUGUGCGGGAUCUCUAUGAGCAAGCAAAGCAACCGCGGCGCGGUUCCGGCGACCACCAGCGAUCGAGAUUUGGCAAGUCUGAAACUUUGCGACAGUACUCUCUUGUGUCUCCCCAGAGGUCAGUCGACGGCGUUUUCCGCAGUGAGGAUAUGGAAGGCAUUGUCGAAGACCCAAUGCGGCCCGCAGUCUUGCAAAGGCUUUCUUCUCAUACCAUGAUGAACAUGCGCAAAUACCUCCAGCGGCCUGGAGUUGCAAAGUGGUCCGUUAUCGCCUCACUGCCAUCUUCUAUAACAUUCUGCCACCCAGGAACUCACUGCUACAAUAACGCCUUGCUCGUGUCUGGCCGAGGUGUUCGCAAGACAGGUGCUCCAGAAGUAGCACUGCUCUGGGCGGUUUCUUUUUCCGAGUACACUACCUUGAACUGGGAAGAAGUCGGCUUGCCACCUAUUCGUGCCACAGACUGUCCGACUACAUUUGUGCACAAAGGCGUACUGCAUGCCGUCUUGCUGGCUGGUGAUGGUAAAGAUGAGGAGGCAUCAGCUCAACAAGUACUAAGUAUAUGGAGACGGCACCUUGUCAUACGACACAAUGCGUCAUCGUCCAUGGAUUCAUCAAUGACUGCGGAAACUGGCAGACCACUGAGCCGCGGACGCACGUUGCAGAACACCAAGAAACAAGGCUCGUCACCGUCCACUGACAAGCCACGGUACGAGUGGACGAAAGUCUGCGAGCGCAAGUGGAAUGUUUACCACUUCUCUACAGUCUGGUGGCAGAGCAAACUGAUCUUCGCUGGUGGCCGCAAUGGUGCUGGGCGCAGCUCUGCAGUGCGUGUGUAUGAUCUGGACAAGGAUGAAUGGCAAGAGUGGCCAUCAUUACCGGAAGGCAUCAGCGGUGCUGUGGCUGUGGUGUGCAAAGACCAGCUAUUGCUUGUCGGUGGCCAUACUGGCAAGGGACUGGGUCUGGCGCGUAGACAACUCCUAGCAUUAGACCUUGAGUCCACGCAGUCACGUAUGUGGUAUUCGGCAAGUUAUGCACCAUUAGAACAAGGUGGCUGUGGUGCGAUUGUGCUGGAAAAAGAAGUCUUACUUGUGGCUGGAUGCAAGGAUGCUGCUCACAAAGCCGGAGAUGAUGUGUUAAUGCUGAGCGACGAUGGGCGCCUGUGGUGUGCCUUACCGCCUUUGACCCGCCGUCGAAGUUCACCAGUUCUUGCUUUCAUUGGGCACCAUCUGCUGUGUUUUUGUGGUGAAAGUGGCCCAUCACUACGCACUUCGGUGGAAUCGUUCGACCUGUCCUAUUUUGAUGAACCCGUGGGUAUUCAGCCUCUCAUGUAAUGUUGCUGCACGUAUCCGGCUUGAUUUCAUGACAACACUGCUAUGCUGAUGUAUACCGCCUACGGUCCUCGGACAGUACAGUGACCACCGUUGGAAUUUUGACACAACCUGCCUGCUGAGCAAACCGUCACAGCUGCCUGCAAGGUCUGAAUGCGUCUAGCUAUAAUAGUAGUGUGCUGUGGGCGGUAUAGGGCUGCUUUGAGAGACUGUGCCGUCUACUGCAGCAAAGUCAACGUAGUAGCUAGUGUCAGAGCUGGCACUGCCUCGACUCUGCAUCUUAUCUGUACCCAACCUCAUGAUAGCCGUGAUAAGCUGGUACGAUCAAUCGCACAUGCGGUUACGAAUGCUGUGGUAAGGUCCCAUAGCGGUAGCGAUACUGGCAACUGCUGUGUAGACUGAUUUGUGGCCGGAAUUUCUGAACUAGAAAAUCGAUUCUGGAAACAAACACGUUCCAGCAUCUCAGUAACAAAUUGUCAUGUUGCGUGGUGAUAUCAUGGCUGUGGCAUUCAAACUUUUCAUACAUGUAGCUCCUAUUAAAAAAAUUGUCUCCACAUACAUGUAGAUUAUUUGUAAAUGAUACUGCGGAACUGCUCAUCAUAUUAGUUCGGUGAGGGAUUCCCAGUUGAUAUUGACCUUUCUACACUUCUAUUACUAUUUCAUUGUCUGGUCCAAUUCUACGGAAUCCAAUCUCAACAAGACUUAGUGUUUCAUGAUUUUCAUUCAACUCGUGCUGCCAAGUUGCUCAUAGUCUUGACGUAUUCAUAAUUUCAUAGCUUACUGAUCAUGUGUUUUCGGAGUUCUGUUUCAGGACUUGCCGUGACUUCAUGUGUCCUCAACAUUGAUUAGUCUCACUCAAUGCUCAGUUAUCUCUCUUUUCUUUCGUCCUCCAGUCUUGUUCCUGGCUAGUGGCUAGGCUAUGCUGUAGAACAGCUAAUUUAGUGGGUAAUUUUUUAACUUUUUCUGAAUCUGGACCAAUUUGCGGUUUAAUAUUUUAGCGAUCCGAGUUUCAGAGUAUAAAAAAAGGAUGACCGAAGUACAA